AUGUCAUAUGACGACAAGUACAGACACUUCUCCAUGGCAAAGAUGAGACAAGUUUUAAAUAUUUACAAUAGCCGUAAACAAAAAGGUUUGGGAAACCAUUCCCCUGAAGAAAUGAAAAACAACCCUGACUUAGAGAAAGACUAUAUAUUUAAUAGUUUAGUCAAAAGAGACAAACAAGAAAGAAUGCCAGGCUUCAAACUUCAGAAAGGUGACAAAGUAAAAAUAGAAAUACCUAAACGCGACCCAUAUGAAAAUACUAUUGACUAUGACAACAAUGGGAACUCGACAGGUACUCGCAUUCGUGUUCGUAAAAAUAGAAGAAAGUAUACAAGAGAAUAUUAUGAAGUUUUAGGCAAACAUGGCAAAAUGUACACACUGCAAGCAGAAGAUAAAACUACUAUUGUCAGACCUCGUUUCAAACUUGUCAAAGUUCAAGGUGGUAUACUUUCAAAGACAGUUCCUAACAAAUAUAAGACAACUCCUGACGAAUAUGCUAAAGAAGUUGAAAAUGACGACUAA